AUGGAGAAGAGCUACUCUACUAUGCAUGGGGAGGAAGGAGUAUCCAGGUUUCCGAACACCAAUACAGCGCAGCCGCAGCUUGAGCAGCAGCAGCAGCAGCAGCAGCAGCAGCAGCAGCAGCAGCAGCAGCAGCAGCAGCAGCAGCAGCAGCAGCAGCAGCAGCAGCAGCAUCUGGGCAAGCGCGAUAAGCACAUGCGACGCGUGGCGGUAAGCAGCCACCUGGAGCAUCAGCAGCUGGUGGUCGGGCUGCCAGAGGAGGGGCGGCUGCGCGCGGCGCGCAACGAGGACUUCCACAAGUUCAGGGACGACAAGAAGCGGAUCCAUGUGACCGAAGAGGUGUUCAGCAUGCUGAGUCAGACGGCGGCGGAGCUCAACCGCGCCCAGAGGGACUUUGGGAAGGGCAAGCUUGUGGACGGCAAGAGCUCUCAGCAAGCCAUCAACCAGACGGGCCGCCUCCAGCAGCAGCGAGCGCUCGAGCGGCAGCACACACAGGCCGCGGGCCAGCCGCAGCCGCCAUCGCCGCGGCUGCAGCUGCGCCGGCGGCGGUCGUCCGAGGAGGGCAGCAGGGCGGGCCAGCAGCAGCAGCAGCAGCAGCAGCAGCAGCAGCAGCAGCAGGGCGCGCCAGCACGAUUCCAGGGGCCGAGAUGGGGCAAUUUCAAGCUCAUGGGUCGCCUGCGCGCGGGCGCUGCCCCACUUGGGGUUGAGGGGUCCUUCACAUUGCCCAGGGGAGCGCCGCGCUUGCCGGCGGCCGCACCGCAGGCCGGGCAGCAGCUGCAGCAGGAGGCUCGCCAGAGGUCGGGCGAUGGAGGGCCGUUCCCGGCACUGCAGCUGCAGCUGUCGAGCUGCGGCGGCGGCGGCGGGGGCGGUCCGGGCUUUGACGAGAUGGCCGAGAGCCCGCGGGAGGGGUGGCGGCAGCUGUGGGUGCGGCAGCGGGACAGGAAGAGGGGGAGCCGGCAGUACCUGCGCAACUCGGCGGCCUCGAUGAUACAGGCCACCUGGCUGCUGAAGCGCCACCAGCGGCAGAAACGCCUGGCAGCAGAGCGUGCCGAGGCCGCAGCCGCGGCCAGCGCCGGCGCGACCGCCAUGGAGGCGGCGAUCGCAGAGGCGAGGGCGGCCCAUGUGUCAGAUGCAGCGCACAUGGAGGCGCUUGUGGCGGAGGGCGCGGGCCAGCUGGCGGAUCGCAUGGGCCUGCGGGAGGCGGAGGGGCAGCUGAGCGAGCCGCAGCUGGCCAGUGAUACCACCGGCGACUUCUGGGGCGGCAGUCUGUCAGAGCAUACGGGCAGCCUGCCGGCCCUGCAGGCGGCCGGCGACAGCGAAGCCAGCGGCAUCGGGCCCGCUGAUUUAUCCUCACAGGGCGCGUCGGCGGCGGCGCCGCGCGGCCGCCCUGGCGCCGCGCCGCUGUUGAGCAUCCCCAGCAAAAGCGCUGCCGGCCACGAGCCGCCCCCGUGCCCGAUCGUGGGGGCACCAUUGUCCGAGCGGGCCAUGGGGAGGGGCGGGCCUGGUGGCGUCCAGCUGGCGUCCCGCGGCGCCUGUGAGCAGCAGGAGCAGCAGCAGCAGCAGCAGCAGCCGGAGGCGGCCUUGGGUGAAAACCUGAAUGUCGCGGCCCUGGGGUGGGAGGCUGAGCGGCAGCGGGCGCGCGAGCAGAAGGCUGCAGACACAGAGCAGGCGGCCCCGAGGGGCAAGCCGCACCGCUCCAGCCGCGCCGGCUAUGCGGGGGGCCCGCAGGCCCACCUCCAGGCGCUCGGGGCAGCGGCGCCCGGCCAGCAGGAUUUGGAGGCCGAUCCGAUGGACGCGGCGCUCGAGCUGCGCGGAGGCGGCCGCGGGCGGGAGCAGGGGUGGCAGCACGUGCGACAGGGGCGGCGGCCGGCGGCGCUGCAGGCGCCCGGGAGCUGGGGGGAGGAGCAGCAGCACCAGCACCAGCAGCAGCAGCAGCAGCAGCAGCAGCAGCAGCAGGUGCCGGAGGUUCCAAGGUCUCCACUGGCGGUCAUGGCGCAGCACGGCAUGGGCCUGCUGCGUCAGAUCGGGUCGUUCGUGCUUGGUCGGGCGCCAGGCGGCGGCAGCGCAAAUGGCGGAAACGACGGCGGGGCGGCAACACCUGCGGAGGCCGGCGCCCCCGUGCCAGGCGGGGCAGAGCAGCCGUUGUCAUCUGAGUGGCAAGAGUUGCCAGAGGGCCCAGGCGCACCAACAGGGACUGCUCUCUGGGCGGCGUCUCCUCCUGGCCAGCCCGGCGAGUCGAAUUAUGGUCGCGGCGCGGGCGCGCUCACGCCCACCAACCGCCGCUCCCGAGAGGAGGCAGAAGCCAUGUCCGGCGCGCUGGCGCUGCUCACCAGCGGCGGCGGCGCCUCGGCGGCGCCCAGCCGGGGCCCCCUGGCGGCCGCGGGGCCCCGCGGCCGCGCGGCGGUCGCCGCGGCGGCGGCGCUCCCGCGGGGAUCCACGGAGCAGAACGGGGCGAGCAGCAGCAGCAGCAGCAGCAGCAGCAGCAGCAGCAGCAGCAGCAGCAGCAGCGGCAGCAGCAGCAAGGCCUGGACCCGGGAGCCAGCAGCGGUGAUGGCGGUGUGA